CCCUCUUGUGCCUCACCUCAUAUUAAUAAAAUGCCUAAAUUGUGUGCUCUUAUUGAAAAUCAUUUUGUGCGGUUUCGGCGUGGUUUUUGUCGUAACUUCGAAACUCUCUUUAUCAGAAUCGUUAGAAUCGGACAAGAUUAUGGGCUCUAACGGCGACGACUACGAUCCGAGUGUUGUGCGCCACCUCCACCACCAUCAUCACCAUCACCUGGAUCUCAGCACGCGGGCGCCGGCCUUCGGUCCCCUGCCGGAUCACACGCAGCUUCCCGGCGAGGACUCCCCCUCGUUUGCCACCCGCCACCACCUGCCGCCACAGGCGCCCGGCUCCACCUCGCCGCCCCUGGAGUCGCAGCCACAUCUGCAGCACCAGCCACAAGAUCAGCAGCAUCUGCAGCACCACCAGCACCAGCUUCAACAGCAGCCACCGCCGCCCACGUUGCCGCUGGCCGGCUCCUCGGCCGCCUCCAGCAUGGAGCACUUCUUCAACGACCAGGCCCAGGCGGAGCAGCUCCUCCAGGAGUGGGCCCGCCGGCGCGAACCUGUCUGUGAUCUGGAUAUCCGUGAUAGUGGCGUCUACGCCAAGACGCAUCUGCAGCGUGGCACCCGCUACGGGCCCUUCCCCGUGAAGCUCUGCCAUCAGCCCAACGAUCCUCAGCUGGCAUGGAAGGCCCAUGCUGGACCCAACUUUAAUGGCUGGCUCGAGCCCACAUCGGACGUGUCGACGUGGCUGAAGAAAAUCCGAUCCGUGAAGGACAUCGAGUGCAUCGAAGAGGCUAAUUUACACAAUUACAUAAUGGGCGGCUGUUUGUGGUACGAAACGAAUCGGUACAUCAAUGCAGGCAGUGAAAUGGUCGUCGAUGGCCGGCCCAAGACUCCGUACCAGAUCAAUGACAACUUUAUGGCCGGCGGCGGGGUCCUGGCGGCAGCAGCAGCCGCCGCAGCAGCCGCAGCCGCGGCAGCAGUCGCCUCGGGAGCCACCAGCGGCGGGGGGAGUUCAUUACCCAGCGACGAUCGAAGCGAUCGAGAUAAUGGCUCCCUCUACAGCGGCGACGAAUUCUCCAAAGAUAAGAAAAACUCAUCGCUAAUCAGUCAAGGCGAUAUUGAUUUCACAGACGACGAGAACGGUUUCGACAUACGCUGUGAGGUCUGUGAUAAAGUCUAUCCGGAUUUAGAACGGUUGGACGAUCAUCUGGUGGGCGCCCAUCACUUCAAGCAGGACGAAUUCCCAUGCAAACUCUGUGCCCAGCGCUUCAGCCAUCGUCCUUUGUUGAUCAAACACGAGGCGAUAUCCCACAAUAAUAUACGGAAAUAUUCCUGCGAGAAUUGUAGCAAGGCUACCAGAGUGAUCGCAUCUUCAGGCAUUACCCCCACUGGAAACGCCCUAAAUGACCCCACGUACGCUCCCAAGAGAGCUGGUCGUGGCCCCAGUCCAUACUCCGAGACACUCUCCGAGACAAUCGCAUUCCACAACAACAACCGCCUGGCUCAGAUCUCGUCUUGA